CCGCAGGCCCUCGGCCUGCCCUGCACGGCCCCAGCAGGGCCAGAGCUGGCUCACGCACACAGAUAGCGAGGUUUUGGGGCAGGACUUUGCACCCUGCGCUGUGCCUCCGGCUGUAACCAACGGCUGCUGCCCCAUGUGCCCUGAGCCUGGCACAGCACAGCCUAAGGAGUGGGAAGAGGAGAGGCAGCCUCGGGAAAUCCCAGCCCCUGACCGCGGUGCAGGCUGCAGCUGCCUCGUCUCCUGCCCCUUCUUCUGUCAGGGCUCUGCCUCCAGUCCCACCAGCAGCAGGAACUGCUUGAAAAAUAAACACAGAUCAUCGCAGGAGUUAAAUAACUCUGAGGCUGGACUGUUUCUGGAGGAAUUACAGGAAUUACAGGAAGUAGCGUUAGAGUUGCCCGCACCUCCAGGGCUGCACAGAAUCGAAACCAAGCUGGGGGCUGGUGCGGGAGGAGCCGGUGCUGCCCUUGUGGCAUGAGCACAGUUCUCCAGGCUGACACCGGCCGUCACCGCUGUCACUUCCUGGUGGCUGUGAGCGUCCCGCGGGGACAAGGCGAACGCCAGCACAGGACGUGCAGGAAGCCAGGCCGUGGCCAUCCAUCGUGUCUAUUUGCAGCCCGGGCUCGGCGGGGACUUGGAGAUGAGGCUGAUCCUGGCCGGGAAGGCUGGUGGGGGGAAAAGCGCCACGGGGAACACCCUCCUUGGGAAGCGUGUCUUUGAGUCCAAGCUGUCCCACCAGCCAGUGACCGUGAGAUGUGCGAGUGCACAGGGGCACUGGGAUGGCAAGGACUUCACGGUGGUUGACACGGCCAACAUUUUCAACCCCGAAGGUGACAGCAGUGAGGUGCGCCAAGAAAUUAUCCGCUGCAUCAGGCUGUCCUCCCCGGGCCCCCAUGCGCUGCUGCUGGUGACCCAGCUGGGCCGAUUCACCCAGGAGGAUGAGGAGGCCGCAGAGAGACUGCAGGACAUCUUUGGAGCUGAUGUUUUGCAGCACACAAUUGUCAUAUUCACCCGUGCGGAAGAGCUCGUGGGGGGGUUGCUGCAAGAUUAUGUGAAGUAUUCCAAAAACAGGGCUCUCUGCGAGCUGAUUGAGAGAUGCGGGAACAGGUACUGCGGCUUCAACAACCGGGCAGUUGGAGCCGAACGGGACCACCAGGUCAUGGAGCUGAUGGGGAUGGUCCGCUGCAUGGUGUGGGCGAAUGGGGACAGGUACUACAGCAAUGAGAUGUACCUGGAGCCCAUUUUAACAGAAGAGAAGGUGGCGUAUCACAUGGCGAGGUACAGAGAAGGCAGGAAAAGUAUUGGGUUUCUCACUCUGUCUUACAGGAGACCUAUUGUGAUUUGUGGGAUGAUUCUCCUUGCCAUUGCGGUGGUUGUCAUUAUUUUUCUUAUUUGGUGGGAGCGAUGAAUCCCAGCACCACAGAGCCACUGAACGCCUGGGGCUGGAGGCACCUCUGGACACCGCUCCAGCUGCCCAGGACCGUGUCCACUGGGUGUUGGACAUCUCCAGGGAUGGAGAAUCCAGCGCUAGUCUGGGCAGCCUGUGCCAGUGCUCAGACACCUGCACAGCAAAAAAAGACUUUCCUGAUGUCUCAGUGGGCAUCCUUGUGCCUCCAUUGGUGCCCAUGCCCUUGUGUCCAAGCUCUGGGCACCCCACCAGGCAUUCACACACACAGACGGGAACCCCAAGCCCCUUUCCUCAGGCUGAGCAGCCCCAGCUCCCAGCAUCUGCCCAUCUUGCAGAUGACUCCUUGUCUCGAUGCAAUGGAACCAACUCUUCCUUGGAAAAGGAGAGGAAUUGUCUAUUUUUAAUGAGCUUCCCUUUAAUCAAUUGUCAUAUAUGUAGUGCAGGACAAAAAAUAUGUUUUUCUUUUAACCUAGGCUCCCUUUGAUCAGGGACUGAAUGCUCCUUCUGGGAGAAACCAAAGAAAGUUGCCAAUAGCAAGUAGCCUGAGGUUGUACUUAGGUGAUGUGAACAUUUUGAGAAUCAAGGUUGUAUUUUUGCAAUAGAAGUUGUUUUUGCAGUGGAAUAUCCACUAACCUUGCAUAUUCAAAUGUGAUUGUGCAGCCAUGACAGCAGCAUAGCACUAGUUAAGCAGAUAAGGGGAAGGUCCCACUGUCCCAACAUAAGAAACAUAGAUAAUUAAAAUUGGAUGAGUAGUACAAAAUAAGCAAAAACAAGAAUCACAGGCCCUCUAAUCACAAGAGAAGUAAAAAAAAAAAAAAAAAAAAAAAAAAGGAAAAGGAGAAAUCAAUGGCUGGUCAAAUAAAAUUGUACCUAUAUGGUAUAGAAGUGCGUCAAGUAAGUUGUGAACCUGUAGUAUUCAACCAGUGAGGAAACAGGGAGAAAUCAGGUGUCGGGAAAUAGGGGACAUAGGGCUAGGGUAAACUUGUGCUGUGCGCUCCCACUUGCAGGAUAUGAAAAACAAAGUUGUGUUUUUGCAGUAGAGAAUUACUUUUCUGUAUUCCAAGGUAGCUGUGUAGUCAUAAUAAGGAGAAAUGCGCAGUAGGUAAGUGGACAGGAGAAGGCUUCACUGUUCCAAAAUAAGGUGGAAGCUUGAGACAAACAGGAUGAGCAGUGUGGGAAUAGUAAAACAAAGAUCACAGAAACAUAAGAAAAAAAAAAAAAAAGGAAAAGGGAGAAAUUAAGGGGUGUAAAGAAAGAAGAACUGUACGCGUAUGGUAUAAAGGAGCGUCAAGUAGCUUGUGAAACUGUAGUACUCAGCCAGUGAGGAAACAGGGGAGGUAAUGAGGUGUCGGGUAAUAGGGAAUAAAAGGUUAUGAUGUGUUUACUAGAAUGGGCUCCUAAUUGGUAGGACGCCUGCCACUGCAAUCAUGAAUAAAAUAGCUUCACGGAACAUCCUGUCUGAAGAAAAUUAUUUGAGAUUUUCCUCACAAGGAUGCCCACCAUUGCAAUUGCGAUUAAAAUAGCUUCAUGGAAGGUCCCAUCUAAGAAAAUUAUUGAUAUUUUUAUCACACCACCAAUAGAUAAAAGGGGUUAGGGUGCUUCAUUGGGGAACACCACCAAGGACCCCCACAGAAAGGAAGGCAUGUGCAGGAGGGCCUGAAAAGGAGCCAUUAAGAAUGAUGCCGCGUGAGCACAAAACUCAGGUAGAUGAGAAUGAAUUUGUAUUAGAUCACUAGAAUAGUCAUGAAUUUAAUGUCUGCAUGUAGCCAGGAAGUCGACAUUGGCUGUGCUUGAUCUGUGGAAACUGCACCGAGCUCUGAGGCCUGAAUAAAAGCAAUCUCUCUCCUGA